AUGACGACAGCGGUUGAAGCACCAAGCUCGGGAGGAUCAUGGGCUCCAUUCUUAGUGAUAGCCGCAAUCCUUACUUUUCGAUGGAUCAGCACAGGAGAGACUGGAACCCCAUUGCGAAUUCGGCGAUGGUACAAUACAAAGCGCGUUCAAAUAAAGAAAAACUUAGGUUUGCGGGAUAACAGCAAAUACGAGAACUUUGUAGCAGGUGAUGGGGCGAACAAAAAAUAUAAGCGUCAAGGAUAG